AUGAGUGAAAAUUAAUAUUAGAAUGAGCAUCAAGUUCUCUAAAAUAAAACCUCCCAAGUCAACAAUCAAAUGAAAGAAUCGUUGCUUUAUGACAUUCCAAGUGCAGUACUUAAUAACUUAGUUGAUGAAAAUGGAAAUAUAAGAGAAGAUGCAGAGAUUCCCUAGGAAAUUCUACAGAUAUAUCAGAAUAAAUUUCCCAAAAAUAACAGACAUUCUAAUAAGUUGAAAUAAAUGACAAGUACAAUGACAUCUUUUCAAACUCAUCACACUUAAUCCUAAAGAAUAUCAAUUGCAAGCCAAAAAGAAAAUCAAAUAUCUUUUAGAUCCCCUAAUGGUCAGUAACUCCCCUCAGCAAGCAAUAUUGGUUUGACUGAACAAAUAAUUAAGAUUAUUCUUAAUACGCCUUCUCUUCAUACAGUCAAAGAAUUAGACAUAGAUGGUCCUAGAUCUCCAUACAUAUUUAACAAAAUCUAAUAGCCUCUUGUUAAUCUUCCUAAUCUAACACAUCUCACACUUACCAAUCAUCAAAUUGAGAGAAUUGAGAACUUAAGUUUUUUGACACAGCUUAAGUAUCUCAAUAUGAAGGGAAAUAGAAUAUCAGUAAUUGAAAGAUUAGAGAGUCUAAAGCAUCUUUAAACACUCAAUUUAUCUAGCAAUCUCAUUGAAAAAUUGCCUUAUUAGGUUUUCACAAGACUAUAGAUAUUAGAGAACUUAGAUUUAAGCAAUAAUAAAAUCAAGACAACUUGUGAAAUCAAAGCCCUAAUCAAUAAUAAAAUUAUAAAGAGUAUCAAUUUUAGUGGCAAUGAAAUUAUCCAUCAAGGAGACUAUCAAAAAUCUAUAAGAGAAACAUUGCCAGAACUCACAUAAUUAGACAAUGAAAUUUUUAGAAGAGGAGAUGAUUUACAAAGUGCAAAUAAAGGCUCAGCAAAACCAGGAAGAGCUAAGAGUGAAUGCAAAAUAGCUAAAUAACAAAAGAAACUAUUAUCUUUGAAUUUCAACUUAGAAAAGUAGAUAUUUGAUUAGUCUAAGAAGAUUAAAAAGCAAGAUUAAGAACUGCAUCAUGCUCUUGAAUAUGCAACAGGAUUAGAGGAGGAAUUAUUGAAUAUUAAAAUUAACUCCCUUUACAAUCAAUCUGCAAUGUGUUCACCAAGAAUAACCUCAAACUAGAGUGACAUGAUUCAAGUAAGCAAUGGUAAGAAUCUAUCUCCAUCUAUGAACCAAAGAAUGUUCUUCCCAGGCUCAACUACUAUAACAAAUCUUCCAAUUCUUUAAAAGAUGUGCAAAAGCUAAUAGUAAUUGUCAAAUACUCCAACUGUUUAAAGUUAAUCAAAGCUAGAUGGUCAUACGAUUGAAUUAGUCACAACUUAAAAUGACAGCUAAUCACUUCAAAAAGUUAGCAAGAAUUUAGCAAGAGCUUUUAAUGACACUUUUAAGAAAAAGAAUUCGAUAGUAUCAGUUCACAACUAUGCUUCGCUCUAAGGCUUUUUACCUAAUGAUUUUAAACCAGAGCAGUACUAGACAGAGCUAAAAAAUCAAAUAGAUUCAGAAAAGGAAACAAUGAUAACAAAAAUUGAACUGUUAAAGACUAAACUAAGCAAUAAGAAUGAUUUUAUCAAGCAACUUGAUUACUAAAUCAAAGAUAUAAUGGUUAAAAUAAUGGAUUUAAACACAAAAAUAAGUGUUCAUUGUGAUAGUAUCAUGGCUUUUGAUUUUGAUGUCACCAUUUAGAAAGUACUAGAUGAAAGAGUAAAGUACAUAAAGAAGCAUAUAAUGAUGAGAAUAGAUGCUAUCAAGAAAAAGAAUAAAAUCAUGCUCAUUAAUGAGUAACUGUCUUUCUUAAAUAUGGAGCUGAGCUUUCAUAAAUAAAAUGGACAAUAAGAGCCUCUUAAAUCAGGAGCACAUAUCAUGGUUUAGUCAUUAAUAUCGUCUCAAAGUAUCCAGCAACUUGGGCAGAUUAUUCAAUUCCUAAAAUUGAAGCUGUCAAAAAUUCAAUCAGAUCUCUAAGACUUAGAAAAUAAGAUUAAAAUUUCAUCAUAAAUGAGCAAGCAAGAGUUAAUGGACUAAAGUAUCUAUGAUUUUUAUCAGCAAUUAGAUAUUAAUCCAUCGAGCAAGUAACUUUUGAAGCAAAAUGAAUAUGAUCUUCAGAAAUGGCUUAAGAAGUUCAAUAAAAAUGAGAAAAUAAUUGAACAAAAGUAAAAGAGUCUGGAAACAAUAUAUAAUCAUGAGCAAAUAUAGCUCAUUUAGGAGUUCAGUAUUUGUAUUAAGCAAUUAAAUGAGAAGAACUAGAUAUAAUAGGAGCUCAAUGAAUAAUUAAGAGUACAGCAAGAGGAAUAAAGUUAGAAGAAGAUUCAAGUAAUGCUGAAGAGAAUAAAAAGCAUUGAGGCUGAGAAAAAGAAACUUACUUAAAGGUUAGUCAUAAGGAGGAAUGAAAAUCUGAUAAAUAAGACUGAGAAGGAGGAAAUUGAUGCGCAAAUUGUUCAAAUUGAUAAAAUCAUAACUGAUCAUAAGGAACUGUUUGAACAAUCAAAGUAACAAUAGGCUAAAGUAAAUGCAAAGAGAUCUUUGUCUCCAGCCCCAUAGAAUAAUACUGACUCAAUAAUAAAUCUAAUUAUUCAAAACACUGAUAAACUACUUUCAGUAAUUGAGCAUCUCAAAAAAGAUAAAACCAAAUAGCUUAUUAUAAAUACCUAGACCAAUAAUGAUUUAGAUGCUUAUCUUUAAAACACUUCGAUAAUCUCUCCAAACAGACCUGAAAUGUUUGGAGCUCAAAAUCCAAAUAUGACAAUGGUAAACAAUAGUAUGAUGAGAACUUUUGAUAAUAACAAUCCUCUUACUGUCACUUCCCUUAAUAACAAUGGGUAAAACUAAAAUCAUUAAGAGAUCCAAUUCUAUAGAGAUUAGAUAUUACUAAUUAAGUAAUAGUUGGCUGAAAGUGAAAAUGAAAGAGAUUAGUUAUCAAUUGAUUUCAUCAACAAAAAAGAGAAUUAUGAGCAGAUAUUAAGAAAUAUUAGAGAGUAGAUUACAGAGAAGGAAUCAAAGUAUAAUUAGCUUUUCAAGGAUAUGUAAGGUAGCAUCUAGGAACUAUAAAAAAAGAACAAUGAGAUGAUAAAACUUAAUUCUGAUUUAAUUAAGAGAGUAUGUACUUCAGAAAAAGAUGAUAUGUUGAAAUAAAGUACAGAUAAGGGUUCUUUAUCAUAAAGUACUUAAGCCAUUAGAAGAUUGGAAUGGUAUGUCUAGAUGCAAAGUGGAAUAGUAGAGGAUUUGGUGAAAUAGAAAUAAUAACUUGAAUCAAAGUUCUAAUAGCUAAAUUUGAAAAACCAGCAUGACAUUGAGCGGAUCUCAACAUCUGGAGAUCUUUAAUCGUCUAGAAUGACUUAUACUAUGGAUAAUAGAAGUUAGUAGGAAAGCUUCAAUGACAAGUAAUUUCAGUCUUAUGAUUGCAGGUUAAUCUAAAACAUCUUCUAAAAUCCAAUGUCUAAUGUAAAACAGCCUUAGAGUAGAGAUAUGGCUAGUAACCUUAGACUUAAUACAGAACUGACAUCAAAUACUGAGAAUAAUAUUAUUAAGCAUCUAUUUGAGGUAUUUUCAUAAAACUACUUGAAUAAUAUGGAGGUAAAUCUAUUUCCUACCUAAACUUCAUAGCUCUAGGAUACAAAUAUAAUGAAUGCAAGUGCAAUGACAGGUUUUAAUUAGGCCUAAAGCAGCUAAAAUAUUUAGUUCAAUAAGCAUACAUAAUCAGCCAAGACUUUAGCCUCAAAGGAAAUGCCCCCAAUGAGACCGUUGAGUAAACAAUAAAGCGUAAAUACAACUAGAGACUCAGCUAGAAUGCAAAAUAAAAAGAAGUUCUCAAGUGGAUUACAGAGUCGACAGAGUGAGGGGAAUAACUUGAAAGUUGCUGAUUACACUAUAAACAAUAACUUGUAGCACCAUAAUCAAAUAAGCCAGAGUAAUUAUAACACAAAUAAUAUGAAUAUCAAGUGUGAUAAUAGUGGUGUUAGCUUCUUUGAGGGUGCAGACAGUGAUAUCAUGAUGCCCUAGAUAGAAACAGCACUUCAAAGUACAUUCAAUAAAGAAUAAUACUCAUUUAAUUAAUCUAAUUCUGGUGGAAGCAACAGUCAUUGCGGGAUUUUGAAUAACAGUACUACUAGUAGGCUAAGUAUGAAAAAUGUAUGGACAGUAGGAUAAAACAAUCAGAAGGAAAACAUGGAUACUUUUCAAAAUUAGAUUCAAAUAAACUAGUAACACAAUUUAUAAUAGAUGCAGUAGCACCAAUAAAUCACCUAGCAGUAAACUUUUGGGAAGCAAAGUUCAGUAAAAAGUCUGGCUGGUCCUGGGAAAAGAGGCAGCUCAGGUAUAAGUCUCUAAACUGAAAAAAGUCAGUAGUCAUCAUAAUAUAACCAGUAGCAAAUCUAAUAGGAACAAGCGAAAAUAAGAAAUAUGUCUAAUGUUAUAAAAACUGGCUUAAAACGAAGUAAAUGA